AUGGCAGGCGGCGUUGAGCACCACAAGCUGGCCCUUGACCCGGCCUUGGUCAAGCUGGGACACAUGCAGAGCAACAGACACAUCUUCUUCCGAUGGACGCCGAGAACAGCCCGCAUUUCCUUCAUCUACAUUGCCGUUGUCCCCGCGAUCAUCGGAUACAUUGGCUACAAGACCGACGGUCUCUGGGAUCUGCGUGCGAAGCGCAAGGGCGACCUCGUCUACGAGCGAUAG